AUCUCAAUGGGGUUGCUUCUUAAGCUAUGCAGGUAUUCAUCAACUACAUUGUGUAUAUCUCAACCACUCACCAACGAAGUCAUACAAAACUUUUUUCCUAUCAAAGCACGCACUUGUAACCGUGUAUAAGAUUCCAAAGUCAACCUUUCAAAAGACUGAUGUAUACUUUCAAUACUUCUCACACAACAAAUAACCUAAGUCUAGCUUUACACCAUAAUGCCAUUGUUCCUUAUUCAUUCAAUAAAGCAGGCCAUUGUAGCAUAACAGCUAAGAGCAAAGAGAACAACCAAAGAACAAUCAGCACUACAGAAAAGAAGCUAGGUAGCAAUUUGAAUAUAAAUGACCAGGAAAUCCUUCAAUUCCAGAACUCUCGAUCUCAUCAUCAUCAUCAAGCAACCAGAUAAACAUCAACGUGACAUAGCCAUAACCAACUUACGAAUAACAGCCUUCAAUACACCCACAGCAACAAUGCCCGUCACUAAUUCACUCCAACGCUACCUCGCAGAAGUCGACAUGAAUCUCUUCUCCAACGAAACCCUAGAAGACCUCUUCUCCAUCCUCAACGUCUACAUAGACGACUUCAACGACCCGGCCUCCGUCCUCACAAAGCUCUGCAAUCUGGAAGACCGACUCGAGGACGUGGUGUCCAACACGGAAGACCCGCUGACAAUAAUCGGAUUCCAAGCGCUCCAGUCCGUUCUCGAAAAAGUCGAGCAGACGAUCAUGGACUCUCACAAGCUCCUGCUCGUCCCGCCCCCUGUGAAUGACGACGCCGCUAUCGCGAUUCGCGAUCGAGCGCUAUAUGUGGUGCGGACCUGGCAAGUCCAGGAGGCGCAUAUGAAGUGGCUCUGGACGCUGGUUCGACAGGGUGAGCCGGAGCUCAUGGAGCGAUUCGUAGUCGACGCUUUGAGAUUUCCCACGACUCCUAACCAUCGUAUCUGAGCUGAGGUGUACGAGAGCUAUGAGUUUGAUCCAGCGACCUACCUACCUACUUACUUACAUUGAAUCAUUCGCAGCAAUUUACAUCCUUUUCCAGUUUCCUCAUUUCUAGAUUCCCAAUCUACAUAGAACUAACUCCCUUCGUAUCUGCAUCCUAAUAGAAAUCGCUUUCCCUCCCAUCUCAAACUUAACAACGUUAUAUAUUCAACAACCAAGUUUAAUACAAUUAAUUGGUGUUUAGAGGAUUUGACAUGUGUUUCCCCAUACUAAUACAAUAGCGCACACCAUCAAUACGUAGUUACCUAACUAAAUUUUGUGUAAAAAAAAAAGUGCUCCCCGCCCCCUUUAAAACGUCAUCAUUACAAAAAUCUAAGACAUGCCAGUCUCCUAGCACAUUGCAGUUACUUUCCAAUUACAACCACGUGUCGUCGUAGCCUCUGUACCUAAUAAAGGGAGCUAACAAUUCACAUCCUAUAACGAAACCCGAAAUGAAUAAAUGAAGUUACUGAUAAAUAGGUAUAAUUCAUCGAGUCAUCAAUCAUGAGAGCACACACACAAGCGCUGUCUAGAUACAAAUCCCCAAGUUCACCCUCCCAUCAUCCACCGACUCGCUCCAUGCGACACGCGCCCAAUGCCGAAAAGAGAAUAAGAGGAAUGUGUUUCAAAUCCCGGUCAUAGAAGGAAACAAAAAGAAGAAAUUUAUAGUGAGAAAAUCACAUCAUAUCGAUUCAUCCAUGUUUA